AUGGAAGGUGUCAAUUCAAGAAGUUAUUUUGAUUAUCAAGAAAGAAAUUUGUUAUUAGGCAAUGGUUAUGUGAUUUUAUGGAUGAAUCUGGUAAGUAGAGCUGGAGCGACAAGGGUGGUUGGAUCGUGAUGGAAAGGAAUCGACGACAGAUUCAAAUUUUGGUUUGAGAUGGAUUGGAACCGACAAUAGGAUGAACAUCGCAACUGUGGAAAAUUUAUAAGGUUCGUUUAACCCUAUCCGAAAAUGUGAAUGUAUAACUCUCAUUUUCAGGCAGUUUUUUAUGUCAUGUCAUCUACGACUUUUUCUGCCGCAUCUCUCAAUUCUCGCAAUUCAACGUCAUUAUAACACCAACAAAAUCUUCAUAUAA